GUUUGGUUGGCCUUCAUGUUUACCAUUAUAGUCUUUGGAUUAAUAUUCCGAAAAUUCGUGAAAGACAAUAAAGGGGAACCAUGGACUUUAAGGAGAACGUACUGGUAUCUGAUGACAACGUUAAUGUUUCAAGGAGUCGACUGCAACAACGUGAAUCGUUCAUCUUCUAGAAUAGCAUUUGGCAUCUGGUUGCUCAUGACAGCAGUCUUGAUCUGGGGUUACGCCGGAACAUUGACGUCAUUUAUGGCCGUACAGACUGACGAACCGGUUCCUAACUCAUUCGACGAAUUAGCAAGAGCCAUUAAAAGACGAGAAUAUACAUGUUUUUGCAUUGUUUAUUUUGAUUGA